AUGAGACAAAUGGAUGCAGCAUUAAAGACUGGGUUCUUAUCAGUCAGGAGUUUAGGCACGACAAAUCCAACUAUGCGGCCAUUAUCCAAAUCCACUGCAUUGCUUCAAUCGCAGUUGUGUGUCGUUGGAAAUGAAUCGAGAAACGCUUUGUUUACCACUGCAUCUGCCAUGGGGAUGGGAAGAGGCAAUACUCGGACAAUAGGAUCAGCACAACCAAUGGAAACUAUAGAACAAAUUGCAAAUGGAGAAUCGUUAAAAACAAACAUAUUGUCAGCACCCACUGAGCUCACUUUGAUCUCUGAGUUAUCCUCACAUUGGAAUCACAUUUUACAGAGUCAAGCACUUGUUCUCGAAGGAAUUCUUGGCCAUCUGGUGGUCAUUGAUACUGAAUAA